AUGGCUCGUCUAAGUUUGUCCACAAAGAGAAGACUACUUGUCACCAUAAAUGCAUUGCUUGCCUUCCUUCGAAUACUAUUUGCUGUAUGUGCUGCUGGUUAUACCUAUGUCAACUUAGCUGUAAAGAAACACCGUCAACCAAGUCGACCCUUAGCCAUAAGAGUCUAUAAACAAGUAGAGUACUUGUAUACACUAGUUUAUUGGAGUGAUGCUAUAUGUAUCGACCAACUACGAAUGGAUAGACAAUCAUUUCAUAAGUUGUGUCGAAUUCUCAUCAAUAAAGGCCAAUUAAGACCAACCCGAAAUGUGUCUAUAGAGGAGAUGGUAGCAAUGUUCUUAAAUAUUCUUGCACACCACAAGAAGAAUCGUAGCAUAGCCUUGUAUUUUACUAGGUCGGGGCGAACUGUUAGUAAAUACUUUCACGAGUGUUUGAAAGCCAUGAUUCGAUGCCAAAAAAACUUCUGGAAAACACCUGAACCUGUAAUUGAGGACUCAACAGACAAUAGGUGGAAAUGGUUUAAGAAUUGCUUAGGAGCAUUAGAUGGAACACAUAUUAGGGUGAAAGUGCCAGAACGAGACAAGCCAAGAUAUAGAACAAGGAAAUGUGAGAUAGCAACUAAUGUUUUAGGGGUUUGCUCUCAAGACUUGAUGUUUAUAUAUGUUUUACCGGGAUGGGAAGGUUCUGCACAUGAUGCUCGUGUUCUAAGAGAUGCUGUGAGUAGGAGAAAUGGAUUAAAAGUUCCUAACGGUUGUUACUAUUUAGUAGACGCUGGCUACACCAAUGGAAAUGGCUUUCUUGCACCUUUUAGAGGACAGCGUUAUCAUCUAAAUGAUUGA